GGCGGGAGGGCGCCGGGCGGCCUCUCCGCCUCAGUCCGGCCCUCGGCGCCCGCGCUGCCAGCAUGACCGACGCGCUGUCGCCGGCGGCUCCCCGGCGGCUGGAGAAGGAAGGCGACGACUACUUUCGGAAGGGUUGUAAUCCUUUGGCACAGACAGGCCGGAGCAAGCUGCAGAAUGAAAGAGCUGCUCUGAACCAACAGAUCUUGAAGGCUGUGCGGAUGCGGACAGGAGCCGAGAACCUUCUGAAAGUAGCCACCAACCAAAAGGUACGAGAACAGGUGCGCCUGGAGCUCAGCUUUGUCAAUUCAGACCUGCAGAUGUUGAAGGAGGAGCUCGAGGGACUCAACAUCUCAGUGGGCGUGUACCAGAACUCAGAGGAGGCAUUUACCAUCCCCCUGAUUCCUCUUGGCCUGAAGGAAACCAAAGAUGUGGACUUCUCAGUCGUUCUCAAGGAUUUUAUCCUGGAACAUUACAGUGAAGAUAGCUAUUUGUAUGAAGAUGAAAUUGCUGAUCUGAUGGAUCUGAGGCAGGCUUGCCGAACACCUAGCCGGGAUGAGGCUGGGGUUAAACUGCUGAUGGCCUACUUCAUCCAGCUGGGCUUUGUGGAGAGCAGGUUCUUCCCGCCCACCUGCCAGAUGGGGCUUUUGUUUACCUGGUAUGACUCCCUUACUGGAGUUCCUGUGAGCCAGCAGAAUCUGCUGCUAGAGAAAGCCAGCAUCCUGUUCAAUAUUGGAGCCCUCUACACUCAGAUUGGAACCCGGUGCAAUCGGCAGACACAAGCUGGGCUAGAGAGCGCUGUGGAUGCUUUCCAGAAAGCUGCAGGGGUUUUGAACUACCUGAAAGAAACAUUCACUCAUACCCCGAGUUACGACAUGAGCCCCGCCAUGCUGAGUGUGCUGGUCAAAAUGAUGCUUGUACAAGCCCAAGAAUGUGUCUUUGAAAAGUUCAUUCUUUCUGGGAUCCGGAACGAAUUCUUCAUGCUGGUGAAGGUGGCUCAGGAGGCCGCCAAGGUGGCAGAGGUUUACCGGCAGCUGCAUACAGCCAUGAGCCAGGCACCAGUGAAAGAGAAUAUCCCCUACUCCUGGACCAGCCUGGCCUGUGUGAAGGCUCAGCACUACGGGGCUCUAGCCCACUACUUCACUGCCACCCUCCUCAUGGACCACCAGUUGAAGCCGGGUGCGGAUGAGGACCACCAGGAGAAAUGCCUGUCCCAGCUCUACACCCGAAUGCCAGAAGGGCUGACGCCCUUGGCCACACUGAAGAAUCAGCAGCAGCGCCAACAGCUGGGAAAGUGCCACCUGCAGAGAGCUGUCACCCACCAUGAAGAGUCCCUGAGGGAGGCCAGCCUGUGCAAGAAGCUACGCAACAUCCAUGUGCUCCAGGAGGUGCUAAUGGCGGCCCACCAGCGAACCCAGCUCAAGUAUGAGCAACACCGAGAGGAAGAUGAUAUCCUGAACUUGAUGAGAGCCCCCGACAUUGUGUCUAAAACACAGCAAGAGGUAGAAGUAAUACCACCCCAGUUCUCCAAGGUCACGGUCACAGACUACUUCCAGAAGCUGGGUCCCCUGUCUGUGUUCUCGGCCAGCAAGAGGUGGACUCCUCCUCGAAACAUUCACUUCACAACGCAAGAAGGGGACUUGGGCUUCACGCUGCGAGGGAACACCCCGGUGCAGGUCCACUUCCUGGACCCUCAGUGCUCUGCUGCGCUGGCAGGAACCAAAGAGGGAGACUAUAUAGUUUCCAUUCACGACGUGGAUUGUAAGUGGCUGACGGUGGCUGAGGUCAUGAAGCUGUUGAAGGGGCUUGGCGGGGACGAGAUUGACAUGAAGGUGGUGAGCGUCCUGGACUCCACGUCUUCCAUGCCUGGUAAGUGUGCCACAUAUUCUGUGGGUAUGCAGAAAACCUACUCCAUGAUCUGCUUAUCCAUCGAUGAUGAGGAUAAAAGUUACAAAACGAAGAAGAUCUCCAAGAAGCUCUCCUUUUUGAGUUGGGGUACCAGUAAGAACAGACAGAAGUCAGCCAGCACCUUGUGUCUCCCUGCAGUGGGGGUGGCGAGGCCUCAAAUCAAGAAGAAGUUGCCGAGUCCUUUUAGCCUGCUCAAUUCGGACAGCUCACUGUACUAAGUACAACAUGGAAGAAACAAACGUUCACCCACUGGACGGUCAGGGCCUUUCGAUCUGUGCCAUAGGAGGAAAUAGCUAAAUGUCGUCACUUCCCAUUUUUCCCAGUAUAAACUUGUCUUUUACAAGUGAGCUUUUAGAGAAGUGACAAGAAUCCUCUGGCAAUCUGUGGGAAGCACAUUUACUUGGAACUUCACUGUAUUGCUGCAAGUUAUUUAUUUUAGAAGGUAUUGUACAUAGAACAAUGUCCAGAUGAUGGCUGCUUUUAAUGAUUUCAGUUAGAAGCUAACAGAGGUAAACUGAGGCUACCUAACUACACUGGUGAUAUUUCUAAGUGUCCAGGCUGGGGUAAGCCCAUCCUUGAUCUUGAGUUCAGUGGACCCUUGAAUUGAAGGUAGAUCAGGUCAACAAAGGAUAUGGAAAUUUGUUACUAAAAUUU